AUUUGGAAUUAUUUCUGAUCAGAAAUACAAAAGGGACGGAUCUGAUAAGUGCUCAAGAGUCUACAGACUACAGCGAGUAACAUUAACCUCUAAUUAGCCCCCCCAAAAAAAAAAAAAACCGUAAACCUCUAAUGGCUUUCUAAACACCGUUUCCUUCCACAUGGCUUUCUAAAUGACAAAAGCCAUUUCCAAGUGCCACGUCAGCUCCCUUUCUCUUUUAUUACACACUUUCACGAAAAUUAAGUCAAAAAAUAAAACCACAAAUCAAAACCUCUCCCAUUCCAAUUGAAUACUCUGUACUAAAUUAGGGCACCAAAAUCUAGGCUCUCACUUUCACACUCUCACAAUGAAUAUCUUCAGAUUCUUCGGCGAUAUGACUCAUUUAAUCAGUAUACUCAUUCUCCUUCUCAAAAUCUACGCCACCAAAUCUUGCUCAGGGAUUUCGCUGAAGACGCAAGAGCUAUAUGCUUUGGUGUUUUUAACGCGAUACUUGGAUCUGUUCACGGACUUUAUAUCUCUGUAUAAUUAUGUAAUGAAAGUGGUGUUCAUUGCAAGCUCUCUUGCAAUUGUUUGGUGUAUGAGACGGCACCGUGUUGUCAAACGCUCUUAUGAUAAAGAGCUCGAUACGUUUCGACAUUACUUCCUUGUUGCUGCUUGCUUUGUUCUGGCUCUUUUUGUUCACGAGAAGUUCACUUUUCGCGAGAUCUUUUGGGCGUUUUCUAUUUACUUGGAGGCAGUGGCUAUUCUUCCGCAGUUAGUGCUGCUCCAGCGAAGUGGGAAUGUGGAUAAUUUGACAGGGCAAUAUGUUUUCUUUCUUGGGGCGUAUCGUGCUCUCUACAUCCUCAACUGGAUUUACCGUUAUUUUACAGAGACACAUUUCAGUCGAUGGAUAUCUUGCAUCUCUGGUCUUGUCCAGACAGCUCUGUAUGCAGAUUUCUUCUACUACUACUUUAUCAGCUGGAAAAACAAUGCAAAGCUUCAGCUGCCAGCUUGAGCCCGGCACCAGUAUAUUAAAGUUUCAUGCUUAAGCUAAGGUUGUAUAAAGGCGGCUAGUAUACCCUUUGGUCCGGCUGAUUUUGAUUGGAUGAAAAGAGGAUAUUUUACAAUAGUUUUGAGUUGGGAUCAAUUCCCAUAAAUGUUGAUAAGAUCGGUUGUCUUAGGGUUCGCAAUGUCAUAGGCAUUUAUCGCUGCCCAUGUCGUUAUGAGGUGCUAAUUUUAAUUGUACCAGAAGCCUUCAGAUUAAUCUGUAUGUGUCAAGAAUGCUAUUUGGGCGGUGAAAAUGUAGAUUUUGACCAACAUGAUACUUAGAUGCACUGCAGAUAGAGUCUCAAAUUCACCAGUGUUCCUAGAGUAAUUAGUUACAUUUCUUUAUUCUUGCAAAGUAGUUUCCUUCUUCCUUGUUGAAUGCUUUAUUGAUAAAACAAAACAAAAGCUUUAUCUU